UUUCAGGUCACUUAGUGAGAUCAGUUUAUUGUCAUAAUGGAUACUAUAAAGAGUGACAAAUCGAGCUUGGGUACUAAUUUGGAAAAGGAGCAGUUACUGAUGAACCAAAAACCUCCAGGUGUAAAAUGUGACAUAGUUAAUGAAUGUCAAAUGUUUCUGAAAGCUGAGGAUGGUGGCGGGGAUGGUGCUCAUUUAAAAAUCACCGACAGUAUUUCUCCAAAGAUUAAUGGUGAGAAUGAUAUUGUAAAACCUACAACAAGUAAAAAACAAGAAGAAACAUCUGAGAAAGCAAUAGAGGAGAGCAAAAAUGAGAGUGAUUCAGAAGUAAAUGAAGAGAUGCCCAGCACUGUUACAGUACUGGACACACCGGAUGGUGGAAAGGUUUAUUUAGUAGGAACAGCACAUUUCAGCAUUAAAUCUCAAGAGGAUGUGUCAAGGGUAAUUCAAGAAGUAAGUCCACAUAUAGUUAUGGUGGAACUGUGUGAGCAGAGAACAAAUAUUCUUCUCCUUGAUGAAGAAAUUAUUUUGAGGGAGGCAAAGAAUAUAAACAUAAAAAAGAUAAGGGCAACAAUGGCACAAAAUGGAGUUUUCAACGGCCUAAUGUAUAUUCUACUGUUGAAUAUGUCAGCACAUAUUACUCGUGAGCUCGGUAUGGCUCCCGGGGGAGAGUUUCGACGUGCUAUGGCGGAGGCAAAAAAGAUACCUAAUUGUGUACUUCAAUUGGGCGACAGAGCUAUUGAUAUAACAUUACACAGAGCAAUAGCCUCGUUAACUUGGGGACAGACAAUACGCUUCAUAUGGCAUCUACUUACUUCCAACCAAAGUAUCAGUGUUGAGGAAGUUGAGAAGUGCAAGAUGAAGAAGAUGCUGGAUGACAUGCUGGAGGAGAUGGCGGAGGAGUUCCCGGCGCUCAAGCGAGUGUUUGUGGUGGAGCGCGACAUGUAUCUCUGCCACUCGCUGCAGAUCGCUGCAAUGCAGCCGCGUAACGAGCCGUGCCGCAUAGUGGGCGUUGUGGGUAUCGGUCAUGUGGCCGGCAUCGUGGAGCACUGGGGCAAGAUCACUGCUCAAGACAUCACACCGCUACUUGUCAUUCCGCCGCCGUCAUUGUCUACGCGCAUCUUGCGCGUGAGUGUGCGCGCGGCGUGCGCGGGCGCGAUCAUCUACGCCGCAUACAAGUUCUUCCCGCGGCGCCUGCUGCCCUGAUGACUCACCGAGAUACUGCCCUGCCACUAUAUACAAUGGCUCACUAACGGCUCUGUUGGCGUCCUUUACGAAAUACUUAUCGACCUUUUAAUAAUAUUAGAAAUCUUCCAAAAUUAUUAUUAUUAUAGAAUAUUGUAAAAAUUAAAAUUAACACUUUUUUUCAUACAUUGUAUUAUUAAGUCGUAUUUCCAGAUGUUCUUGAGCCAAUUUUAAUAAAAAAAUGCAAAUAGUAUAUGUAAUUAGUGUUCCUAUAAAUUGUCGAAAUGACUUGAAAGUUGUAAAAGUUUCGACUAGAAAUAUAUGUUCGAGUGAAUUAUUAUCUAUUGAAGGAGAUAUGGAAAAUGUUUGCGUUUAUAGAAUUAUAGCUUUGAUUUCUAUGUCAUUUAUAGCUUCAAGGCUAACACUAUAAUUUUUUUUUUUUUAUAUUUAACAAAGAAUGUGUCUAUGUGUCAAAGAAGUGAAAUUAAUAGGUCGUUUGGAAAGUCAUUUCGUAGAAAUAAAAACGAAAUGACUUUCCGAACAACCCAAUACAAUGUUUCCCUUUAUAUUAUUAUGUUU